AUGUCGAUGGGGCUGGAGAUCGGUGGGGUGGCCCUGUCGGUGGUGGGCUGCGUGGGCACCAUCCUGUGCUGUGCACUGCCCAUGUGGAGGGUGACAGCCUUCAUCGGGAACAACAUCGUGACAGCCCAGAAUAUCUGGGAGGGGCUGUGGAUGAACUGCGUGGUGCAGAGCACGGGCCAGAUGCAGUGCAGGGUCUAUGACUCCAUGCUGGUGCUGCCCCAGGACCUGCAGGCAGCUCGCGCCCUGGUGGUGAUCGCCAUUGUGCUGGCCGUGCUGGGCCUCAUGGUUGCCCUCAUCGGAGUGCAGUGCACCAGGUGCGUGGAAGAUGGGACCACCAAGGCCAAGAUCACCAUCGUGUCUGGGGUGAUCUUCUUGCUGGCUGGGAUCAUGACCCUCAUCCCCGUGUGCUGGUCGGCCAACACCAUCAUCCGCAACUUCUACAAUCCUUUGAUGUUAGAGUCACAGAAGCGGGAGCUGGGAGCCUCCCUCUACGUGGGCUGGGCAGCUGCAGCACUGCAGCUGUUUGGGGGGGCUUUGCUUUGCUGUUCCUGCCCCCCCAAGGAUGAAAAGUACACUCCAGCCAAGAUGGCUUACUCUGCUCCUAGAUCCACUGGGCCCAGCUACGACAAGAGGAACUACGUGUGA